ACGUACGAGGUGAUCAGAGUGCCUGGAGCGGAAGCAGGGUCUGGCCUGCACUGCAGCAGCAGCCACUUUGGACUCGAGCUCGGAGGACGAAAUUGACUUUGGAGUGAGAGUGCAACGCGUCGAAGCACACCAGGCGGCACACACGCACCCACCCAACCACGCCAAGCAACACCUUUCUUUGCCCAUCUCAUCCACUCAUAGAUUACUCACCUGAUCCCUUCGACGUGAGCAUAGCAUCGCAGCAGGUCCCCCCACCAACUACGAUGUCACGCCCCUCGACAAUGUACGCCGAUCAACCGCACCCCACCCGCUCCUCCCUCUUCCCCGGCGGAGGACCCGGCAGCAGUAGCAGCACUUCAGGCAGUGGCGCCUCUACCUCGCGCCUGCAGGCGAAACAGCAGGAGCUUGAAGGACUGAAAGAGUUGAGAGAGUAUAGCGCUCGAUUGGUUCGGGAGUUGGAGACGAUGGGACAGGGAUUGGAGGCAAUUAAAAAGGGAGAGGAGAGUGAGUACGGCAGAUUGGCAUUGGCACACAGAGGAGAGGAGAGGAGAGGCGAGCGUGAUCACCACUCUGCUCCGCGAGACCUCGAGCUCAGGCAGCUGACAGCCUUCCCCCAUCCCCGCCUUCCAACUACAACAGGCGUAGCACAAGUCAUGUCCUCAUGGCAGACCGUCUUCCGAGGUAUCCAAGUAGCACAAGGUGAGUCCGCCUCGCCCCUCCUCAGCCCACCUCUUUCUCCAAUCACUCAUCUCCCCCUCACCCUCUUCUCUCCUCUUCCCAACUCCUCACACACGCAGCAUCCAUCACCGAAAAGCAAACACAAAGCAGUGCCAUUCCCAACUCAAGUGAAGUAGAAGCCUCAGAAGGAGGAGCAGGAGCAGGAGCAGGAGUAGCAGGUUCAGGAGGUGCUGCUGCUAGUCUUGUGCCAGAUACACUAGUGCGAAUUCCACUUGAUCCUGGAUUGGACGCGGAGGGUGGGACUGGAGGGGUGGGAGCGGGAGCGGGAGCGGGUGGGAGAGAGGAGGAGUAAGAAGAUCGAGGAGGAUGGUUAGGCAUGUAUAGUGAUGUCCCUUCAGAGGUGAGACCUGCU